GACCAGAUCACCAUUUCAUGACCGUGAUGCAUCAGUCAGCCCACAAACCCAAUACCCACGGCAGGUACCACGACCCAUAUGGUGGGGACAAAAUACGGACACCACCACGGGUAAUUGGUGAGUGCCGUUUGCCGUGUGCGAUGCGGUGUGCGAUCGAUGCGGUAGGCGUGUGUGUGUGUGUGACGGGCAGGUGACACUCCCUUGCUUACAAAACGGGUCCAUGUACGUGUACGUGUGCAAUCACAUAUAUGUAUUAUAUUCUGCACGUACUUAGAUUUCACAUGCACUUAGCGAUAUUAUAGAAAUGAGCCUGCCUGCCUGCCUGCUUGCCUGCUCGAUGGCACGGCAGGGCACAGCAGGGCACACGCACAUACGUACAAACGUAGAUGAGCGACGAAAAAAGUGUCCAAACGACUCACUCUUGUGCAUCGAUCGACACGAGCGAGCCGACACACACAGUGACGCACAAACACACACACAUACACACAUGUUUAUAAAGGCGUCGGUCGGGCAGCAAAAUGAGUGGCUGCACGUCAAGCGACACAUCAAUCAACCGAGUGCCACCGCUCGGACAGCCUAGCCCUGCCCACCCUCUAAACCCACCAACCCUAUAAGAGACCAUUCCUACUUAUUCUACUUGAGCACCACCCCCGGGACGUCACGCACCACAUCGAACGUGACGCCGCCCCUCAGCCGCUUCUUCGUAUCGGGUCGGCACGAGCUGCACAUCCAGUGGUGCACCGCCACACUCCGGCCACUCAUAUACCGACCAGCGUCGUCCUCCGCCAUUGCCAGCAUCGCGCACCCAUGACGCGCCCACGUCUGAUUGGCGAGGUCAUCCCUCGCCCUCGGUAGAAUCCGCCACUCGUCGUCAGCGGUGCUCUCGGGGUCCCUCACACAGUUGUCCUUCAUCCACUUGUUCCACGCGGCGUACUCGGGGUAAAGAACAUCGAAGUCGGCCACCAUGACGGACCCCAAGGGCGGCCGCUCGCCACAUUGCCGGGGCGGGAAGGUGUCCUCGUCCUCCAGGUCGAGGGCUCCAUGGACGAGUCGUGUGAGAGGCCGUGGGCCGGUGCACGCGACGGCGUCGUCACUGCCGCACUCGUUGAGCAGUCUUGACGUGUUGCUGAGCGUGUCGUUGAGGAACGCGCCGAUGAGAGGGUGUUGGGGUGUCGCGGCGAUCCACGCGUUGGAGACGAAGGGCCGCAUGGAGUCGUUGAGGUUCUGCGAUGAAAGAGCAUCAGAGAUUGGGGGAAGGUACUUCGUGGGAACACGUGUUGGCAUGCUGACCUCGAGCAGGUACACAUGGACCAGGUGCUCUUCGCCGACAAUGAGAUCGUGCCCAUUCUCCUCGGCUUGCCUCAGCAGCCCCUCAAAGGGCUGCAGACACUCGUAAUCCUGACAGACACAGACACAUACCUAGAGCACCCCAUCGACCAACACACGCCCCAUUCCCUCGCGCACCACAUCGAGAUAGACGCCGCCAUGCACCCACAGCAUCAGCAGCCUGCCCAGAUCCGCCCGGACGAUCCCGGGCAGGUCGCUCCACCUGUCCGACCAGUCAGGGAAGUGCUGAUCCACCAAACUCAGCAGGGAGUCAUCAGUGAAGAAGUAGUGGCCCAUCAACGGGUUGACGUCGUGACACGACCGCACCCACUCCCUGAACAUGCUGGGCAGCUCCCGACGCCGCCACGUCUGCAGAAGGAUCCGGGGGAAGGCGACGCUGCUGCUGUGGCCGCCAGUGACACACGCCCUCCCUCUCUCAUCGACGUGUCCGUUUCUGCUGGUCAAUCUUUCCGCUUGUAAUGGGAUGAUGCCGUCGACCAGAUCGGUGACUGCCGUGAUGUGGCGGGCAGCGGGGGAUGCGUGGCGGGGCCGGUCGUGCAGGAGAAGAGCGAGAGAGGAGGAGAUGGCCGCGAGAAGGAUGACAGCCGCGCAGCCGAAGAGGAAGCGUGGAUAGAGGGCUGCUGCUGAUGAUAGCAGCGGUAUACACAGGGGGGAAGCCUGUACUCCCAUAUCCCUCCAAUGCCG